UGUACGAAUCACACGAACCCCUCAACUCUUCUUCCUCCCCUCAUCCCUCUCUCUCUCUCACACCUCUGCAACGCGCUGCCCUCAUCACAGUCUCUCUCUCUCUCUCUCUCUCUCAAAUUUAAUCUCUCUGCUUUGCAAAGAGAGAGGACUGACAGCCGUGGAUCUAUCUCCUCCUUCCCCCCUUCUUCCCACCCUUCUCUCUCUGUCUGUCCAGGUGCUUCCGAUCUCAGAUCUCCGAUCGGUUCCGAUUCUUCACCUACCAAAAACGGAUCCUCAUUCCGUCGAUUCGCAGAUCAAAUGUCCUCCUCCUCCAUCCGAACGGAUCUGUCCUCCUCACCUGCCUCCUCCAGAGUCCAUCCCGAGCCUAUCAUGACGGCGGACCCUCCCCUGGUGGACCACUUCGACCGCCUCCCGGACUCGCUCCUCCUCCUCGUCUUCAACAAGAUCGCCGAUGUCAAGGCCCUCGGCCGCUGCUGCGCUGUUUCUCGCCGUUUCCAUUCCCUCGUCCCGCAGGUGGACAACGUCCUCGUACGGGUCGACUGCGUCAUCUCCGACGACGACUCUUCUUCCCCCUCCGCUGCCGACAAGUCCCGGAACCCCAUCUCUGCGCUCUUCAGGGUCGUCCUUGGUAACAUUGUCAAGCCGCUCCAGGCCCUUGGGCAGUUCCUUGGCCCUAAGCGAUCUGCCGCGUCUGCACCCGCCUCCUCGGCGCUGCACAGCCCCUCAUCCUCGUCUUCCCUCGCUGUGGGGAGCGACGAUGACGGUGAAUUGGACCAGGGAGGGGUCACCCACCACUCCCCAACUCAGGUGCUGAAGAAUUUCAAGGAGAUUCGGUUCCUCCGAAUUGAGCUUCCCAAAGGCGAAUUAGGGAUAGACGAUGGUGUUCUGUUGAAAUGGAGGGCCGAUUUUGGUUCUACUCUCGACAAUUGCGUUAUCCUGGGAGCAUCAUCAGUUUCUCACUCCAAAACUUCUGCCGGUUUUGAAGGCGGGAUCGAUGGGCUUUCCUCGAACGUCCCCGCUGAUGAUAACGGAAGCAUACCGGAGUCCUUCUACACGAACGGGGGUCUGAAGCUUAGGGUAGUCUGGACUAUAAGCUCCCUGAUCGCUGCAUCUGCAAGGCACUAUCUACUUCAGCCUAUAAUUGCGGAGCACAAGACCCUCGAUAGUUUAGUUUUGACAGAUGCUGAUGGGCAGGGUGUUCUGUAUAUGAAUCGGGAUCAGCUCGAAGAGCUUAGAGUUAAGCCUUUAUCGGUGUCUUCAGCCUCGAAGAGAACCCUUGUUCCGGCCCUGAAUAUGAGGCUGUGGUAUGCGCCGCGCUUGGAGUUGCCAAAUGGGAUGGUGCUGAAGGGGGCUACUCUUGUGGCCAUCAGACCCAGCGAGCAAUCUGCUGCGAAGAAGGAAGUCUCCGAGGGGUCUUGGGUAUCGACUGCUUUUGAAGAACCUUAUGGGACUGCUGCGAAGAUGCUUGUAAAGAGACGGACCUACUGCUUGGAAAUGAACUCGUUCUGAGGGUCGGAAAGGGUAGCUGAGGGAAUGCACACAUACAAAAAAGGGAUUGAGGAGAAGAUGAGUAUGCACCCUUCUGGAAGGCCUAAGGCCGAAGAAAACAAUUUUGGUUCGUCCUAACAUCUGCUGAAUGUGGAGUACUGUCUCGCCCAAUCUUGCUGCCUGUUAUGACUGGUUGGUCUCUCGAUCGUUGCCAAGUAGCAAGUCUCUUGCCUUUUUGUGCUUGAAGUUCGAGGGUCAAGAUGCAUCUGCUGGUUGUUUUAUCUUGGGCAUAUGCUUGUUAAGAAUGCACAAAGCCGACUAUAUGGAUGUUUCAUUGGAGCUCGAGUAAUUAGUCGUAUGUUUUUCAUGUCUUCUCUUAUAUGUGAAUAUAUCUCAUAGGUAAGUAAGGAUAAUGCUGUGCACAUGUUAUGUACUUUCUGAUACUCAUUCGGGUAAUGUACUCUGCUCUGGAUUUUAGCACCUGCAAGCCCCCUAGCUAAAUGCUAUGGUGAUGGCUUUUUUCAUGGUUAUUGCAUUGCUGCUUUCCGUAUUA